UUAGUCUCUCCAUUUAUGAAAUAAGAAGCCCAAGAGGGCAACCUGUCCAGGGCACAAAGCCAGGAGGAGGCAGGGCCAGGAGAGGAUGCGGGCAGGCUGGCUCCAGAGCCCAGGCUCUCAGUGCGUGAUAUCCUCUGUCAGGCAGUUGUGUUGUUGCACUGAAGGGUUCACAUGCAUGCAUUCACACAGCCCAGAGGACGUGUUUGGAGUGCACACACGGAACCAGGCGCUGCAAAAGGUGCUGGUUGAACCUGCCUCUCCCGCCUUCUCCCCCCAGCACGAUGGCUUCGGCACUGAGCUAUGUCUCCAAGUUCAAGUCCUUCGUGAUCUUGUUCGUCACCCCGAUACUGCUGCUGCCACUCAUCAUUCUGGUGCCCACCAAGGUUGCCAGGUGUGCCUACGCCAUCAUCAUCAUGGCCAUUUACUGGUGCACAGAAGUCAUCCCUCUGGCUGUCACUGCCCUCUUGCCUGCCUUGCUUUUCCCACUCCUCAAGGUUCUGGACUCCAAGCAGGUGUGUAUCCAGUACAUGAAGGACACUAACAUGCUGUUCCUGGGAGGCCUCAUCGUGGCUGUGGCCGUGGAGCGCUGGAACCUGCAUAAGAGGAUCGCCCUGCGGACACUCCUCUGGGUGGGGACCAAGCCUGCACGGCUGAUGCUGGGCUUCAUGGGCGCCACCGCCUUCCUCUCCAUGUGGAUCAGCAACACAGCCACCACAGCCAUGAUGGUGCCCAUUGUGGAGGCCGUGCUGCAGCAGAUGCAUGCCAAGCGCAAAGCCAGCAAAGGCAGCAUGAGGUCCCUGGAGCCUGCAGAAAUGGGCAAGUCCGGUGAGCUGCCAGGGAGCCAAGUGAUUUUUGAAGACCCUGAUACCCAGCUGCCGGAGAGUAGGGACAGGAAGAACAUGUGCAAGGCCCUGACCCUGUGCAUAUGCUACGCGGCCAGCAUCGGAGGCACUGCCACUCUGACCGGGACAGGACCCAACGUGGUACUCCAGGGCCAGAUGCAGACACUGUUUCCUGAUAGCAAAGACAUCGUGAACUUCGCUUCCUGGUUUGAAUUUGCCUUCCCCAACAUGCUGAUCAUGCUGCUGCUCGCCUGGUUGUGGCUCAAGUAUUUAUUUUUGGGAUUCACUUCUCAGAAGGGCUUCAGUCUGGAGAGAAAGAUUAGUGAGAAGGCCACGUACGAGAUGCUGAAGGAGGAGUACAGGAAUCUGGGACCCUUCUCCUUCGCCGAGGCCAACGUCCUGCUCUGCUUCUUCCUGCUGGUCUUCCUGUGGUUCUCCCGGGACCCCGGCUUCGUGCCCGGCUGGGUGUCGAUCACCUGGGUGGAGGGGAAGACAAAGUAUAUCACCGACGCCACCGUGGCCAUCUUCAUGGCCAUAUUGCUAUUCAUUGUGCCUUCGCAGAAGCCCAAGUUCAACUUCCGGAGACAGACAGAAGAAGAAUGGAAGACUCCGUUUUAUCCACCUGCACUGCUGGAUUGGAAGGUGACCCAGGAGAAAGUUCCCUGGGGCAUUCUGCUGCUUCUGGGGGGCGGAUUUGCUCUGGCUAAAGCAUGCGAGGCCUCGGGGCUGUCUGAAUGGAUGGGGAAGCAAAUGGAGCCCUUGCACGUUCUGCCCCCAGCAGCCAUCUCCUUUAUCUUGACUGUGCUCAUUGCUGUAUUCACUGAGUGUACAAGCAACGUGGCCACCGCCAGCCUCUUCCUGCCCAUCUUUGCCUCUAUGUCACGUACCAUUGGCCUCAACCCGCUGUACGUCAUGCUCCCCUGCACCCUGAGUGCGUCCUUUGCCUUCAUGUUGCCUGUGGCCACCCCACCUAACGCCAUCGUGUUUGCCUACGGACACCUCAAGGUUUCUGACAUGGUGAAAGCAGGAUCAAUGAUGAACAUAAUUGGAAUCAUCUGUGUGUUUCUGGCGAUCAACACCUGGGGACGGGUCAUAUUUGACCUGGAGCAUUUCCCUGACUGGGCUAUAAUCUAGUGACACUUAGGAAGAGCCAUAGCCCCGCCUUCCUGAGGACUCCUGAAGCUUCUGGAACACCGUACAGCAGAGCUUUGGGGUUGACACCCCAAAGUGACCUGAUGAUGCCCUCACCCCACAGAGACCCAGGCUCGGCUUCUAGCUGGGAACCAGUGGCUGGAGGGUAGGUUUGGAAAUAAAGGGAACCUCCCAAGA